CGCGCACAUUAAAAACUUGUGCUGUUUGACCGUCUGGUAGGAAUUUGAGGCUGCUUCCACCUCGCUGGCGGUUCCAGCCCAAACAAGCACUUCGGUCCACUGGAAAACCUGUUUGUCCUCUCUGUAAAAAUCGUUAACGGAGCCUGAGACCGAAUAGAACCGACUGUCGUGUUGUUCUCCCGAGUACUGGUCAGGACAGCCCACCGAAGGACGGAACCACCAUGAGAAGAUGAAGCUGCUGUUGUGGAUAUUGGGUUGUUUUCUCCAGAGUUUGGUGGGAACCUGCGGAAAAGGCGUGGUGUUCACCAAACAACCAGUGAACCAGACAGCGUCUCAGGGGAACAAAGUGAGGCUGGGCUGUGCCGUGGAGGGGAUGAGUGAGCCGGACAUCAUCUGGAUUAAAGAUGGAGAGAAGCUCUACAGCACCGACCAGCUCUUCCUCACUCUGGGAGAACAGCACUGGGAGACCUCCUACAGUGUGAGGUCGGUCCAGCAGCAGGAUGCGGGUCAGUACUGGUGCGAGGUAGAACUUCACAAUCAGACUUUCUCCUCUGAACGAGCCUGGAUCACAGUUGAAGGAGUCCCUCACUUCCUAGAGGAACCUCAGGAUGUAGCAACAUUCCCUAAUGUUCCCUUCAACCUAUCCUGCUCUGCUGUUGGUCCCCCAGAACCUGUGGAGGUAUUGUGGUGGCUGGGAGGAGUCCAGGAGGGAGAACCCCAGGCCUCCCCCUCUGUCCUCUAUGUCCCAGGUGUGAACAGCAGCAUUAAGUUCUACUGUGAGGCAAAGAACACCAGAGGAAUCUCUGUAUCUAGAACUGGAACAGCUCACAUAAAAGUGCUGCCAGCAGCUCCAGUCAGCCUGCAGAUUCUCAGGAUGUCUCACAACAUCACGUUGUCAUGGAUACCAGGAUUCACAGGUCACUCUGAGCUUUCCACCUGCAUCAUUCAGGUGGUGAGGCUCCGGAAGGGACCUCUCUCUAAACACGAAGUGCAGGUACCUCCUCACCUCCACGUUCUCACUGGUCUGAGCAGCUACUCCAACUACAGUGUGAGGGUUUCCUGUUCCAACGAGGUGGGACCGUCACCUUUCUCCUCAUUGCUGCACUUCGUCACACCUGAGUCAGUGCCCUCUGUUGCCCCCAAGAACCUGACCUUUGACCUCUCAGAGCAACAGCUGUCUGUGCAGUGGGCAAAGCUUCAGGAGGAGGAACUUCAGGGAAAACUUCUGGCCUACAAACUGCAGUGGACUCUGGGAGGUGAAACACAGGAACCGCUGCUGUUUAAAGAGAACUGGGCUCGUCUCUCAGGCGGAGGCCGUUUCUUUAACGCCUCCUUCCAGGUAUCCGCCUGCACCUCAGUGGGUUGUGGACCCUGGAGCCCCCCCGUUCUGGUGCUGCCCGCCUCAGCACAGAUCCAGGUGGGCCGGAGCCACAUGUGGGUCGGCCUCCUGCUUGGCCUUCUGGUGGCCACUGUGGUCGGCUUGUUGCUGACAUUUGUGGCACAGCGCCGAGGGAAGGAGACACAGUUUGGUUCAGCCUUUAAAAGUCCUGGUGCUGAAAGUUCAGUCUUCUUCACAGCAGCUCAGUCGUUCAGCAGAAACAUGACAGACCUGCAGGAAUCUACCUUGGACGCUCUCUGCAUCAACAACGAGCUGAAGGACAAGCUGCAGGACGUCCUGAUUCCAGAACGUCUUCUGACCCUGGGACGCACGCUGGGGAAAGGUGAGUUUGGCUCAGUGCGUGAGGCUAUCCUGAAGACGGAGGACUCUUCUCUACAGAAGGUGGCUGUCAAAGUUCUAAAAUCUGACAUCACAUCGUCAGGUGAUAUUGAACAGUGUUUGAAGGAGGCAGCGUACAUGAAGGACUUCAACCAUCCCAAUGUCAUAAAGCUAAUUGGAGUGAGUCUUCACAAGCGUCCUGGCCAAAGGCUGCCCAUCCCGAUGGUCGUUCUGCCGUUUAUGAAACAUGGAGAUUUGCAUACCUUCCUGCUGCUGUCUCGUCUGGGAGAGCAGCCCUUUGACCUCUCUCUAAAGACCCUGGUCCAGUUCAUGUUUGACAUUGCUCGUGGAAUGGAGUAUCUGAGCAGCAAAAACAUCAUCCACCGAGACUUGGCUGCCAGAAACUGCAUGUUAAAUGAAAACAUGUCAGUGUGUGUGGCGGACUUCGGUCUCUCUAAGAAGAUCUACAGUGGAGAUUAUUACCGUCAAGGCUCUGUCUCUAAACUGCCAGUCAAGUGGAUUGCUCUGGAGAGUUUGGCCGACAACAUCUACACUGCUCAGAGCGAUGUGUGGGCGUUUGGUGUCACAAUGUGGGAGAUCAUGACUCGUGGUCAGACUCCCUAUCCUGGUGUGGAGAACUCUGAGAUCUACGAGUUUCUGAUUAAGGGAGAGCGCCUGAAGAAACCUGCAGAUUGUAGAGAUGACAUCUAUGAACUCAUGCAUGGUUGCUGGAGUCCAGUCCCAAAGUGUCGACCCAGUUUCCAGCAGCUGGUUGUCCAACUAGAAGCGCUGCAUCUUGGCCUGUCGCACACCUGUCCUCCAAAGGAACCUCUACUCUACGUCAACCUGGAAGGAGAUGAAGGAGAGCUGGACAGAGGAGGAGAAGCUGCUGGGCCUAAAGCUCCAGCCUGGUCAUUCGAAGCUGAAACCACAGCUGAAGCCUCCAGCUGGAGCGUUCCCUGGCAACGACAGGCAGAGGAUGAGGAGAAGGACUGGCUGAUGACGGGUUCCAGGGCUGCAUUGGCGAUCGGUGGGGACUACAGGUACAUUGUUGGUCCUUGUGGAACCACUGAGGAGGAGGAGACAUGGAGAGGAAGGGGGGAGGCAGAGAACACAACACAGGAGGAAGUCAGGGAAGACGAGGAUGACAUUAUUAACUUUUGACCGACUGACCAGUCACAGUGCUGCUCUGCUCCUUGCUUUUAUACAAACGCCUGAACGGAUUUUCUACUAAAAGAUGGCAUACGCUCAAAAUAAGAUACCCAUGUUUGCACAAACAAAUCCAGAUGCAUCAAAGUGUGUCCUCAUGGAUCCAAGCACAUUUCCUGUUCAUCCUGAUCAAAAUAUGACUGGGCCACAUGAAGGAUCACCAAACUCCUCAAUUUAAAUAUGCUAAUGGAUGCUAAUAUGUCCAGCAGGUGUGACUGUUUUACUAUCCACUCAUGUCACUGAAAUACAUGGGUGUAUCGUUCACCAUGUUUUGGGUGAGAACAAGAACUACCUUUACGUUAUUAAAAGUUACCCAGCAUUCGGUUGCAUAGUGGGCCGAUGACUGUAGAAAUGGGCACGUUUCCACGCUCACUUCAUUACUGAUAAAUCUGAUGAGGCACAAACAGAACCGGUUCUUGUCAGUUCUUCUGUGAGCUGCACUCGAUGAGCGACAUCAGUCGUGUGAGGAGUCCAGAACCAUCCAGAGAGCUUCUAGCCACCUGUCUUAACAGGAAAUCUUCUAUUGGAACGAUUCACCAUUUAACUGAUUGAUUAGUCAGCUGUGUAGUUCAGCAGAUACUAAUGUUUUCUGUAAAACUGUUUAUGUUCAUCUGAUCACCAGACCUAAACGUGGUGAGUCGAGCUGACAGCUCUUCUUUUUCAGAACUGUGACUUUAUUUUGAAGGACUGUGAAACUGAGCAGAACUGUGAUGUGGCUCUGGUCUGGGAUGUCUCGAAAUAUCUCACAUCAGACACAAACCUACUGAGACUCACCCUGGGGCUACAAGCUAACAUCAGGCUUCAGGUGACUUUCUUUUACUCAACUCCUCAUCAGAAUGAGCCUGUCCCACUACAUCGUCCAUCAGCUGUGAGGAGGAAAUGGGAGAAGCCUCACAACACAAACACCAACCAGCAAAAACCACCGGAGUUUGUUGCCUACGCCUCAAGCUCUGGUCAGAAGCUGCGCCUGCAGGGUUAGAACGGGUAAUCUGUGUUUUUUAAUUAAUAAAACUUUAAACUUUUACUGAUUACUUUGAUUAAGUUUCAGUUACCUUGUAAAGGAUUACAAAUCUGGUUCCUGACGUUAACUGGUUUAGAACAUCACCAGGAUGAGGCGUUUGUAGCGAUACAGCUGCAGGAAUCUGAAUUGAAAUAAUAAUUAGCUGAUUUGUUAUAGGAAGCUGAAAACUGGGUUUGCACUUUGCACAAUUGUUACCAGAAUAAUGAAUUGAUCAAACCUUUCAAUAAUUUAUUAAACACACUGGUUACUUGUUACCUGUAAACUCAGUGGCACCGAACUUGAACACUAUCACUGAAAGGCUCCUGGUCGCCGGAACAAACUGUGACCUCAGGUGGACCACAUCUGCUUUUACAUUUGGUAUGAAAUGAUGACUAAUCUACCAAUUAUACCCUUGUCUGAAGUAGUAGUCAAAUAGCUUUGAACUGUGGCCACCAGUUUUUUAAUUUUAUUUAAUAAACUUGAAAAUGUCUUAAUUUUAAACUGGAUAUUCACUGUUAUAGAUUUUUAUAUUUUGUUAAGAUGCUGUAUUGUUUGGGGUGCUGAUUGUAAAAUACAUUCAAAAGUUAACAUCUACCCUACCACAUUUAACUUUAAUAACAUUAAGAUUUUGGAAUGAAAACUAGAUAAUUAGUUAAAUUUAGGUAUUUGGAAGUAACUCUAGAACCUUAAAUAUAAAUAUCAAACAUCAGAACUAAAUAUAAAAAAAUUUCUAAAUGUUGAAAUUUAAAAAAACAAAUGGGAAGUUUGAAACUAAAUAUUUAGCUAACAUGCAAACACAGCCUGCCACAAAAUGAAUUCAGGCUACUAAAAUUACAGCGGUCAGACCUCUGAUCCCUCUGAUGUGAGAUCGCUCAGAUUUCCAGUCCGGGUUUAUCCUGGAUAUCUCCUCACCAAACUUAUUUUUCACUAAAUCUGGACAUUAGUUAUAUAUAAGUGUAAACAGCAAUAUUUAAAUUUCAACAUUUACAUGAAUUUUUUUAUUUCUCAUUGACUAUUAUUUGCAUUGAAAAAUUUAUCCAUAGCACUGUAAUUUUUUAAAUAAAUGUGACUAAAUUCAGAUUAUUUUUCAAUGUAAGACUUUACAAUUGGUGCUCCCAAGUAUUGUUCAUGAAAUAUACUUUUUCAUUUCUACUGAUCUUGUACAGAAGGCUCAUGUGCGACACUGUAUAAUAAAAUUAAAUAAGUAUUA